AUGUCGGUUACAAUUAGACCCAUUGAGCAAAAGGAUAAAGAAGAAUGGUUAGAUUUGUGGUCUGGACCUGAUAGUUAUCUUGUUUUCUAUAAAUCGCACGUUGCCCCAGAAGUAUCAGAAAAUACCUUUAAGAGGUUUUUUGACCCUAAAGAGCCUGUAUACUCUGCAGUGGCAGUAGAUGAUGCAACAGGAAAGGUUAUCGGGUUUGUCAAUUACUUAACCCACAGAAAUACCUGGACAAUUGAGGAUGCGUUGUACUUGAAUGAUUUAUUCGUCAGCAACAGUUCGAGAUUGAAAGGAGUAGGAAGGAAGCUUAUUGAAUAUGUUUACACUGAGGCGGAUAAGUUCAAUUGCAAGAAGUGUUACUGGUCGACCCAGUUUGAGAACCAUAGGGCUCAGUUACUUUACACGAAGGUUGCUGUGAAAAGUGGUUUUUUGCUCUAUAAGAGACCAUAG